AUGUGGUAUAGAAAGGCGGUGAGUUCCCGACGUGCGCAGAUCCACACCACUCCCUUGACCACCCCCAGUCUUUCAGGAUUAGGGACAAGUGCUGUGAUGGCGCAAAGUCUGGAGUCUAGGCCGACCGUGGUGGAUUUCCGCGAGGACAACCCUUGGGUGAAGCUGGCCCAUGCGCACUGGUCGGAUGCAAAGAAGGUCCGCAAGGUCAAGCCGGAGGUGAUCAAACAGCAAUUAUGGGAUCCAUUGGAAGCUGAAGGAUUUGCAAAUCGCUCACUCCUGAUCUUGGAGAACCUCAAUGUUUUAGAAAAAUUCCUUUGGCCGACAUACACCGAAGAUGCCUCGAAUCAUCACGUUCUUUUGAUCGCCCUGGUCGUCAGCGUCAAGUAUCGCGAGCACCUUCCGAUAUGGGACAUUUUCUCUGAUCGCGCCGACGACUUCUCGAGCCUAUUUCAUCGGAUCCUAUCCAUGAGCAUUGACCCCUCACUGCCUACUCAGUCUCGCAUGUCAAUCGUCUCCUUCAUUAUUGGUGCAUUCCAAUCCCUCGAAAACGUCUUGAUCCGGAAAGAAUGCGCCCCGCUCGUUUCAAUCUCGGUAUGGCACAAUCUUGCAAGCGACGAGGCCAGGGAGCACGUUGUCUCCAAAUCACCAACAUUGAAGAAGGCUUGGAGGGCUGCGGGCAAACGAUACGAUGCGGGAGAUGAUGCUAGCAAGGCGAAGAUGCGGUUCGAGCGGUCAUGGCUGUACACCAUGCUUCUGCUUUUUCUGCAGAAGCUCAGUGGUCCCGAAAAGGAGCAACCAGAAAAUCUUCUCUACUGCGAGCGGUUCUUGGAACUUCUGGUAGAUCUUCUAAGCCAGCUUCCGACCCGGCGGUACGUAAACACGCUGCUGAAGGAUCUGAACCUCUUGCCCGUCAUUCGCCUGUCACAGCUCUACCGCGUUCCCGAAAACGCGCUUUUCCGUGAUCUUUACAACCUUCUCAAGCAUUUUGUCGGCUUCGCCAUCGAUGAUUAUUCUGGCGAAGCGCUUUCGCCCCAGGCAGUUUAUGAUCUGCACUGCCAGGAGCUGGCGCGACUGCAACGAACUGCUAUGAAAUUCUUUAAGGAGAAGCUGAUGAUUCUUGCACUUUCAAACCUGGGGGCAAUUGAGCAGCGAUCUGAGUUGGAAGGUCAGCUGUCCUCUUUGGACGAGCCAGAGCUCCAGCAGCUAUGCACGCACUUGGGCUUCCGGACAAACUACCCAAAGUCGUCAAACGUCACACCAGGUCGGCAGCUCUAUCUGGAGGUCCUCUCAUCUUUCUAUGAGCGUAAGCUUUCCUUCCAGGAAGUCGUCGCCCAGCUAAGCGUUAUCCCAACGGAGGACAGCCUGUACGACCCCGCCUUGCUGAGAAGUGAGUCCUACGAUGGAUCAAGGCCUCUUGCCAUCCCAAAAUUGAACCUUCAGUAUUUGAGCAUUGGGGACUUCCUUUGGCGCUCAUUCCUUCUCUAUCGAUCUGAGGCUUUCUUCCAGAUUCGAAAGGAUAUCGAAUCAGUUGUUAAGCGAAUGCAGCCCAAGUCAAACCGAGAUGGGAGCGUGAAAUUCGACGGCUUCUCUCGGAUGGCUAUUCCGAUCUCUAAACCUGCCAUCGUCGAAGUGGCCCCUUCCAAGGUUGGCUGUCCUAACCCUGCUUUCGUUCGGGCCGAGAUUGCAAUCGAGGUUGGACGCCUUGCAGAUAAUAUCCGCAAAGAGUGGGAUACCCUUCGCCCGGAUGAUGUGAUCUAUUUGCUAGCUGUUCAGACACCCUCUCCCGCACAGCUGGGAAUUAUGGAUCAAGUUCCAGAUACCCCAUGCAUGACCUAUUUACGUACAGCGGAGGUCGUGCAGGUUCUUGAUGAACAAGGGCGUCCAUUACGCCAGCAAGCCGCUGGUCAGGCAAAUGGAUAUAACUCUCGCCCCAGAGUGCGCAAGCUCCUUGUUAACUUGGAUGCUGCGGCAUUCAAGGCUGACAAAGACCGUCAACUACAUGGCAAGCCUGACAUCUACCCUCUAAUCAACGUUGUUGCUCGUAGGAAGGCCAGGGAGAACAAUUUCAAGUCGAUUCUUGAAACUAUGCAGAAACUCAUUGUUUCAGACAUGACUCUCCCAUCUUGGCUCCAGGAUGUCUUCCUUGGAUAUGGAGACCCUGCGGGUGCGCAGUAUGCACAACUGCCCAACAAACUCAAGUCUGUUGAUUUCCUGGAUACAUUCCUGGAUUGGCCUCAUCUUGUUGAGAGCUUCCCAGGGAGGUCCAUUGAACCAUCGGGAACUGAAACCUCCAGUUUCGGCCCUCCCUAUGUUCUUGAGUCGGUCGAGAGCGAGGCAGGUGCCGCUCCUACUGCUCCGCAGAAGAAGCGCCGCCGAGAGCAUGCCGAACAGACCCAGGAAGGACCUACUGCCAUGCGUGUGUCAACAUAUAAGCCACCUAACCCAGGCCCUUACCCUGUCGAUGCGCCCAAGCUCAACAAGGUACGCUUCACACCUGCGCAAGUAGAAGCAAUCGCAUCCGGCACGCAACCAGGUCUCACAGUGAUCGUGGGACCACCAGGUACCGGCAAGACCGAUGUCGCAACCCAAAUCAUCAACAAUCUUUACCACAACUUCCCCAAUGAACGCACCCUUCUUAUCGCUCACAGCAAUCAAGCGCUCAACCAGCUUUUCCAGAAAAUUACUGCGCUUGAUAUCGACGAACGCCACUUGCUCCGUUUGGGUCACGGCGAGGAAGAGUUGGAUACCGACUCCAACUAUAGCAAGCACGGCCGAGUCGAGUCAUUCCUUGACAAUCGAAACCAUUACCUUUCGGAAGUCAUGCGACUUGCGGCAUCGAUUCAAGCUGAGGGUGCCCACGGCAACUCUUGCGAGACGGCCGGCUACUUCAACACUGUCCAUGUCCAACCGGCGUGGGCGAAAUUCUGGGAUCACGCCCAUUCGGAACAAGUCUCGAGCGAGGAAAUUAUCUCCUCUUUCCCAUUCCAUGCGUUUUUCUCGGAUGCUCCCCAGCCCUUGUUCGGUGAAGGAGCUUCAAAGGAGGCUAUUUUGGAUAUUGCCUCGGGCUGUCAAAGGCACAUCGAGCGAAUCUUUGCUGAGCUUGAAGACAUUCGGCCCUUUGAGAUCCUGCGCCAACCACGGGACAAAGCCAACUACCUUUUGAUCAAGGAAGCGCGAGUGAUUGCGAUGACCUCUACGCAUGCUGCUAUGCGCCGACAGGAGAUCGCGGACUUGGGCUUCCACUAUGACAACGUGGUUAUGGAAGAAGCCGCGCAGAUCACUGAAAUAGAGAGCUUCAUUCCUACUGCUCUUCAAAAUAUGAAGAACGGCGAGCUCCCGCUUAAGCGAGUUGUGCUAUGUGGAGACCACUACCAAAACUCCCCCAUCAUUCAGAACAUUGCUUUCCGUCAAUAUGCCCACUUCGAGCAGAGUCUCUUCCUGCGACUGGCACGACUGGGUGUCCCAGUGAUCACUUUGGACAAGCAAGGCCGUUCCAGGCCGAGCAUUGCCGAGCUGUUCCGGUGGCGCUACCAUGAGCUCGGUGAUCUGGCAGCUGUGGAAACCGUGGAAGAAUUUAAGCAGGCAAAUUCUGGUUUCCAAUUCGACUACCAGUUCAUCAAUGUUCCUGAUUAUCAGGGCACCGGUGAGCGCGAGCCGACUCCGCACUUCAUUCAAAACUUGGGUGAGGCAGAGUAUGCAGUGGCUUUGUACCAGUACAUGCGUCUCUUGGGAUAUCCGGCCGCAAAAAUCUCGAUCUUGGCAACGUAUGCUGGUCAGACGGCGCUGAUUCGUGAUGUGCUGAGCCACCGCUGUGCAAAGAACCCUCUGUUCGGAAUGCCCAAGAUUGUAACGACUGUCGACAGAUACCAAGGAGAGCAGAAUGACUAUGUUAUCCUCUCUCUAACUCGCACUCGCACUGUGGGCUACCUUCGUGACGUUCGCCGUCUGACUGUUGCACUCUCCCGCGCCCGUUUGGGUCUGUACAUUCUUGGUCGCCGUGAAGUCUUCGAGUCCUGCUAUGAACUCAAGCCCGCAUUUGACCGCCUCUUGCAACGUCCUGAUAAGCUGAUGCUUGCACCGGGUGAGAUGUUCCCCACCACCCGAGCGCUGGACGCUCCGGUCGAGGGCACCCCCAUGGAAAGUGUUGAGCAUCUUGGCCAAUAUGUCUUCGAAAUGACCCAGGCCAAGGUCAAGGCUAUGGGGGAUGGGCAGAUGGUUGUCGACGGCGCCACAGCAAAUGGCGAAGAGCCACGUCUCGACGAAGACGAGGAAAUGCUUGGUGCUGACGAAGAUCAGGAUGAGAAUAUUGUAUGAACAUGCGUUUUCGAAUAUUGCCCUAUCAAAAUAUAGGGCCCGCAAAAAUUUCACUACAACUAGAUACUUUGAAUGAUAUUUUCAGAGUUGUGACC